CUUUUUACCAAAUCACAUACUACCAUACACUCUAGGGUCUGCAAACAGCCCUCUUCUCUAAGCACCACAAGACGCAAUCAUGCACCCUCGGUCCCCCUCAUGGCUCACGAACGGUGUCGCCACCUUUCCUCUCUCAGCCCUCUCUCUGCCUCUCACCAUCUGCCAUAUCACCCUUUUCCUCUCAACCCUCUCUUUGUCUCUCACCAGCUACCGUCACGGCUUCCGUCACCACUCACCAGCCUUAGAGUCACGACGGUGCUGCACUACUUCUCGCCUCUCGAUGAUGACGAGUUGACGACUCUCAGCGACAACGAACGCGAAGUGCGACGACGCUUCUUUGAUCCUCAACGACGACGAUUGGUUUUCCUGUCUUGGUCACGACGGUGUUGUCCCCGGUCGUCCUCUUCUUCUCUGCCGCUAGUCUUCUUCUUCUUCUCUUCUUUGACCUCUGCUCAAGCUCAGUCCACAUAUUGCUUGAGUUUGUAUGAACACUACAUAGCUACUCGGCACACAAUGCAUAUUUAUUCUCAAGCCUUGGAGAAGCUUCCCCCACACAUUCAACAGGUCAACAUGGAAAGUAAUGGAAAGGGAGUUUUGAUUGAUGGGGUACCUCUACCAUUUGAAGCUGGUGAGGUAGCAGGGAGCAAUCAUGAUGAGCUAAUGUCAAUUUUUUUUUUGCACAUCCAGAUGCCCUUGCCUAUGAGAAGUGUAGUAGGUACUGUCAUGGAUUCUUAUUGUUUGUAUGAUAUGUUUCCCUCAUGA